AUGGCGUCUCUCAUGGAAUGGCUCUGGACUCUCUGCCGUGUGGCAAUGUUCCUUGGAGUUCUGCCUUUGCAAAGAGCUGAGAACGAGACUAGGAAAGUGACAUUUCGGUUCCGGAGUUUCGCCUUCUUCUGGUCCCUCUUCCUUAUUUGGACAUGUAUUAUUUCCGCCAUCGCGAUAAUACCGUCCAUCGACAAGUACUUCGGUCAGUUUGGGAAUACGCUGGCAGAUCACAUCGGAUCCUUCGUCCUUUGCAUAGCUGGAUUCGGGGUCACUUUGACCUACAUCUUGGCUCAACUACUGACUGCUCGAAAAAUCCCUGGGUGGCUGGAAGACCUUCACGAAACAUGGAAGGAAUUGGAGUCGGUGGACGAAUCCACUGCGGCAUCCUCCUCCCGUCGAUCAUUUCUUUUCACUCUGUUCUGCUGCGGCUUCCUCUAUUUCGCAGAUGUCAUUAUGGCUUGCUUCAUCGUCCGCGGGUUCCUUGAAGCUGCAGGGAUUGUGAGCUCUGCUCUCAUGUUGGUCGUCGAAGCCGGGCUCUUGACUCUCUUCCUGUUCAUCUCUCUUUCGUGUCAGAUUCUCAAGGUGAUCUUGGAGGAGCGAUUGUGGGAGCUGCAGAAUGCCACAGGAUCCCCACGGAAAGGAGAAGUUUUGGCCCUCUAUUUGGAGACGCAUCUUCGAGUUUCUCAAUUGAGCAGGAGGCUGUCUUCCGCAUUUCAUCCCACGCUCUUCCUCAGCGUUCUCGCACAAAUCUUGUUGACCAUUGUAUUUGCCUUCUUCAUCAUCUCUUGGGUCAUGCAAGGCUCAUGGUUCAUGGUUGUGAUGGCUUCGGCGAAAACUUUGUUAGGCGACUUUCUCCUCUUUUCCCUCUGUCGGACUGCCGAUGGCCUCUCAUCCAAGGCAGAGGAGAUCAUUCUCACGCUCACGAGUGAUAGGACCUUUAGCUUAGACGAGGAAUCCAGGAAUCAGGUGAUGCAUUUCGAGUCUUUGACAAGGACUCAUCAGGUGAAACUACAGGCGUCAGGAUAUUUCACCCUCAACAAGGCUCUUCUUACUUCUGUGGCGAGUAAUAUACUGACGUACAUGAUAGUUCUACUGGAGUUCCGUGUUGGAUGA